CAUAUCAUUCAAGAGAUUAGAUGUGUGAGGUAGUGUGUACAUGUUGGUAUGGCUACUCUAUACAGUGUUGACUAUCAGUCGCCAUUGACGCAUUAGUGAUAUUGUCCUCUCAAUGUAUACAUCAAGUGUAAACAGUUCUUCCGGAGACAGUCAGCAAUCCCUUUGAAACAUCCUCCCGGAGACACCAGUUGCAAUCAUUUGAAACAUAUCCUUGAGUUUUGUCAAACGUCUCCAACACCUAAAACAACGACCCACAUGACCCAAGAAUAUGAACAACCGAAGCCUGCCAUCGAAGGGAAGGAGACGAGAAGUUGUGGAGUGCUUGCAGCAUCUUUUUUGGCAGCAUUUACUGCGUAUUUAGCGAUUCAGAAUCUACAGAGCAGCCUUAAUCAACAGGCCGGAUUGGGAACGAUUUCACUCAGCGUGCAGUAUGCAUGUAUUGUCUUUUCCGGAAUCUUGUCCCCAGCUGUCAUUCGAUGGUUCGGAGUGAAAAAUACAAUUAUAUUGUCAUGGAUAUGUCAUCUUAUUUACACCGGAUCCAAUUUUUAUCCAGCAUUCUUUACUCUCAUUCCUUCUUCCGUUAUUCUCGGGACAAUGUCCGGCGUUCUGUGGACUUGUCAGAGCAUCUACACCACCAUGUGUUCCUUCUCCCUUGUCAGUUCUACAGGACAAUCCACCUACACUGUUCUCAGUAAACUGAAUGGACUGUUCUUUACGGUAUAUGAAACAACCCAGAUCCCGGGAAACUUAGUGUCGUCACUUGUCUUUCAAACAGGAACGAACACAAAUGGCACAACAGAAGCUAUUUGUGGGCCUGGUUUUUGUCCUUUGGCUUCAAAUGGAACUGAUAUAGCCACACCUGGAAGUGAGAAAGUGUAUAUUAUGCUGGGUAUAUAUCUCGCAUUUGACAUUACGGCUUUGGUUAUCACGGUGUUUUUUCUUCCACCGUUGCCCAAAAGUAAUUGGAGUGCCAACACCAGCUUAAUAGGGUCUCUCAGUUCUCUUUUCGUUACUCUUUUUACAUCUAAAAUGAUAUUCCUUGUUCCGUUCAUCAUGUAUCAGGCUGUUGAACAAGCAGUGCUAUGGGGAGACUACACACUGUCCUAUGUCAGCUGCCCUAUCGGAAUACACAUGGUUGGGUUUGUCAUGGCAACGUACGGGGUUGUCACUUCUCUCUCGGCAUUACUGUUCAGUCGAGUUGCCAAGUACACUGGUCGGUACUUGCUGUUUUGUGCUGCUGCCUCGUCACAAGCUGGACUGUUUACCGUGCUGUUUCUAUGGACACCCACACAAGCCGACACCAAAUACAUCUUCAUGGUGCCAAUGGUGUGGGGUAUGGGGGAAGGCAUAUGGCAGACGCAGUCAAACUCACUUAUUGCUCUGCUCUUCCCCGACAACAAGGAACCCGCCUUUGCCAACUUUGUCACAUGGAAAGCUAUCGGAUUUACUGUUACGUUCGUACUCAGUGAAUUUGUUUGCUUGAGGACAAAACUUAUAUUUGUGCUAUCAUUACUUGCCGUCGCGAUGGUGUUAUACACGGGGGUGGAGAUUUAUUCCAAAGUGACCAAAGACGCCACAACUGCUGAAAUUAAUUCCGGAAAUUCACCCAAAGCAGUUUCAAAGCACAAAAUUCCCAUAGCAACAGGGGCCCAAUCCCCGACUGCUGGUUAUGGUAGCGUAGAUAAGAACUGUUCGUAAAACGGAUUGAAAAAGAACAACUUCUUACAGUGUACAUCCUUAUUAUUUGUGUGAUGUACAUUUAUUCAAUAUCGUAAGUUGAAAGCACCCAUUGAAACAAAAAACUUGCAAUGUACAUUGUCAUAUAAUAUUAUAAU